UCGUCUCCUUCCUAUUGACUUCCUCCUCUUGAAUCUGUAUUAGUACUUGUUCUUCUGUAACCCCAUUUUGACAAUUCAACUACCCAACCCCCCUUAAAUUUUAUACCUCAUUUUCCCAAAUCAAAUCCACACAACCCAAAAAUAAAUUAAAAAACUAGGCAAAAAUGAACAACCUAAUAUCCAGCUCAUUUUCCCGGUUACGAGAAAACACCGGCGACUUAGAGAUGGGCCCACCCACACCUACACCAAACGCCGGUGUAAACCUCGACAAGUUCUUCGACGACGUUGAAACUAUUAAAGACGACCUGAAGGAGAUUGAAGAACAACACAAGAAGCUAAGAGCGGCCCAUGAGGAAACCAAGACGGCUCACACCGCCGGUUCAGUUAAGGAACUCCGGUCAAGGAUGGACCGCGAUGUGGGGCUUGCUUUGAAGAAGGCGAAGAUGAUUAAGGUACGGUUGGAGGCACUGGACCGGUCAAACGCGGCAAAUCGGAAUUUACCCGGGUGUGGGCCCGGAAGCUCAGCUGAUCGGACGAGGACGUCGGUGGUGAAUGGGUUGAGGAAGAAGUUGAAGGAGAAGAUGGAUGAGUUUCAGGAGUUGAGAGAGAAGAUUAAUGGUGAAUAUAGGGAGACUGUUGAAAGGAGGUUUUUUACUGUCACUGGUGAAAAUCCUGAUGAGAGGACGGUUGAUUUGUUGAUUAGUACUGGUGAAAGUGAAAGUUUCUUGCAAAAGGCUAUUCAGCAACAGGGUAGGGGCCAAGUACUAGAUACAAUUGCUGAAAUACAAGAGAGGCAUGACGCUGUGAAAGACAUAGAAAGGACCUUAAUGGAACUACACCAGACAUUUCUUGACAUGGCAGUGUUGGUUCAGUAUCAAGGUGAACAGUUGAAUGACAUCCAGGCUAAUGUUGGUAGAGCUUCCUCUUUUGUUAGGGGAGGAACUGAGCAACUGCAUACUGCUAGGAAACACCAGAAAAAUACCCGAAAAUGGACUCUCUUUGCCAUUAUUCUGCUACUCGUCAUCAUAUUGGUUGUCGUUCUCUCCGUACAGCCAUGGAAAAAAUAACUUGCUCGUCCUUCUGCUCCUUUGGACAAGGGAUUACAAUAUAUUGAAAUGCAAUCUCAUACACUCUGUAGUUAUGUCAUAUCUUCGCUUCAUUUCUUUUACCGUCUUCUUUCUUUGUAAUUAAAAAAAGUGGGAGCUGGAUUUUGAUCACAGUUUUGUUUCCAAGAUGAGGAGAAAAGGCGUUUGUUUGUAUUUUGGAGUAGUUCCUGUAUUAGGCUCAGCUCAGCCGAGAUAUUUUGGAGUAGUUCCUCAUCUAGUGUAAAUAUAUACCUUGAUUGUUUAUUCA